AAUAUCCGGAAGUUGUGUUUCACGCCGCCUAGCUAGCUUGACGCUGUUAGCUAAAUCUCAGAAUGGAACCAACAAGAGGAAAACCCGUUAGUUUGUAGAGGAGAAACUGUGACCGUCCAUGUCUUGUCUACAAAUAUCAACACACCGACAAACUUAUUGACAGCAAUGUCGAGAGAAAACACCACCCGAAGUCUGGACAGUAUAGACCUCGCUGCUUUAAGAGAUCCAGCAGGUAUCUUUGAGUUGGUUGAGGUGGUUGGCAAUGGAACCUACGGUCAAGUGUACAAGGGUCGUCAUGUCAAGACAGGCCAGCUGGCAGCUAUUAAAGUCAUGGAAGUCACAGAGGAGGAAGAAGAGGAGAUAAAGUUGGAGAUCAACAUGUUGAAGAGUUAUUCCCACCACAGAAACAUCGCUACAUAUUAUGGAGCUUUUAUUAAGAAAGGUCCUGCUGGACAGGACCACCAGCUCUGGUUGGUGAUGGAGUACUGUGGAGCCGGCUCAGUAACAGACUUGGUGAAGAAAACCAAAGGAAACUGUCUGAAGGAAGACUGGAUAGCUUACAUCUGCCGAGAGGUGCUCAGGGGUCUUUCCCAUCUUCACUCCCAUCAUGUGAUUCACAGAGACAUCAAGGGACAAAAUGUUUUGCUCACAGAGAAUGCUGAAGUCAAACUGGUUGACUUUGGAGUGUCGGCUCAGCUGGACAAGACCAUUGGUCGUAGGAACACCUUCAUUGGUACUCCCUAUUGGAUGGCUCCAGAGGUCAUCGCAUGUGAUGAGAACCCUGAUGCCACAUAUGACUACAGGAGUGACCUCUGGUCUUUAGGCAUCACCGCUCUAGAGAUGGCUGAAGGAGCCCCUCCCCUGUGUGACAUGCAUCCAAUGAGAGCACUGUUUUUAAUUCCACGAAACCCUCCACCCAAACUUAAAUCAAAGAAAUGGUCGAAGCGUUUCCUGUCGUUUGUCGAUAAUUGUUUGGUGAAGAACCACCUACAUCGACCCACCACCGACGCCCUUCUGAGACACGCUUUCAUCAGAGACCUGGCUAAUGAGAGACAAGUUCGCAUCAUGCUCAAAGAUCACCUGGACAGGACCAGGAAGAAGAGAGAGAAAGAGGGUCCAGAGUAUGAGUACAGUGGCAGUGAAGAGGAGGAGGACGAGGUAGCAGAGGAGGAAGGGGAACCCAGCUCCAUAGUGAAUGUUCCUGGCGAAUGGACGUUGAGACGAGAGUUUCUUCGCUUACAGACAGAAGAUCGUAACGGAGGCAGAGAGGGAGGCCACGGAGGAGGUGGGGGACAGCAGAGACAGCAGGCAUUACAGCAGCACAGGCAGCAGUUGGCAGAGCAGGAACGAUACAAGCAGCAGUUAGCGGCUGACAGACAGAAGAGGAUCCAACAGCAACAUGAGCAACGGCAAAAGUUAGAGGAUCAGCAGAGGCGGCAGCUGACAGACUGUGCCUUUCAGUGGGCAGAGCUUCAAGAGGUUUUGCUUGGGGAGGAGUCUGAUCUCCAUGACAACAGAAUCUUACUGGAUGAGAGAAACAGGAGGAGCGACAGGAGACAGGACCAGGCAGGCAGAAAGCGGAGCACCGAUGUGUCAGUAAGGCCUCUGGACUCCGCAGCAGAGCAGAGAGCUGUGGCUCCAAACCGGCAGCUUCAGAAUAAGGCCCAGCACUCCCAGCCUCAGCUCCAGCCACAAGCCAAGCCCCAGGCUCUGGCCCAGCAUCAGCAGCCCUCAGCAGGCAGGAGAUCCCACCGCACCCUGCCCAAGGACCAAACGCAGCUCCUGUCGCUGCAGCACGACCACAGACACAGGGAGAGAGAGAGGGAAAGAGAGAGGCAGAGGCAGAGAGAAAAGCCUGUGGCAGCUGUCCAGAAGCUAACAGCUAAUAUUGGGAACACAGCUACUGCUGCUGCUGCUGCUGCUGCUGCUUCCUCGCCCAGCCGCCCUGCAAACAGCCAGCGCACAGCGAUGGACUUCCAGGAAUCAAACUUAGCCAGGCUGCUUUUGGCAGCUGGUCUUCCCAACCAGAUGCACUCGAGGCUGGGAUCCGGGAGCAGCUCUAGUCCCUGUACCCCAGCCAUGCAGAGAGCUCACCUCAACCAGAAUGCCAAUCUGCGCUCUAGUCGAGACGCCCCUCACAGCAGCUCUUUGUCAGAUAUGGCCAUUUCCCCCUUGUCUCCAUUUUCCCCCAUGUCCCCAACUGAUGAUGUCUUCUGGGAUUCAGUCGAUGCACCACCUAAAGUCCCUGAACGCACUACCUCUAAGUUUUACUGUAGAGAGCUGGUGAUGGGACACAAGAGGGCCGCUUCAAGUGGCAGUCCAGUGUCUGUAGCAGAUAAAAGUGGAAGAUCUGUGUCUCAUGGAGUCUCGUCUCCCAGCAGCAACCACCCAGGUUACUUCAAGCUCGAGAGUCCUCUUCUACACCACCGUCUCCAGCAGCAAAAAAAGACACAAGAUAACAUAACCAGCGGGUAUACUCAGGGUGUCAAAUCUCCUCUUGGACGGUUUAACAAAGCCACAGAAUACUCCUCCUCCAGUGAUGAAGUUGGUAGCAGUGAUGACGAAGACAGGAAUCGGUCUGGCCUGUCCAAUGGAAAAAGGAAAUACAUCAGAGGAAUACCUGAUGGCAUCAUCCUGCAGCCUCACCACAAUCUUAACCAGAUACCUCGGAUGGGUUCUGAUGAUACCUAUCUGCUGCCAGACCUUCUGCAGAAAACCUCUUCUUCCAGUCCUACUCAUAAUGCACUGGGCCAACAGCAGCAAACACAUGAACUCAGCUACUCGCAGUCACCCACAGCCCCUCGGUGUCCCUCACAUCAGGAAUUACACAUGAGCAUGGCUGUCAGCAGCCCCACUGGUAAGAACACCUCCACAUCUUCCUCUUCCUCCUUCCUGUCCUUCAUCGAUCCGAGAUUGAUCCCCAUAUCAUCACCGCCACAAAGUCCUACAGGCAGUAAAGGGGACCCAAUCAAGAGAGAGAACCACAGGAAGGGCUCUGUGGUGAAUGUGAACCCAACCAACAUUCGGCCACAGAGCGACACUCCAGAGAUCCGCAAGUACAAGAAGAAAUUCAACACAGAGGUUCUCUGUGCUGGACUGUGGGGUGUGAAUCUGUUGGUGGGGACAGAGAAUGGUCUGUGGCUGCUGGACCGAAGUGGUCAAGGGAAAGUCUACUCUCUCAUCAGCAGACGAAGGUUUCAGCAGAUGGAUGUGCUGGAAGGGCUCAACGUGCUCAUCACUAUAUCAGGUAAAAAGAACAAACUCCGCCUGUACUACCUGUCCUGGUUAAGGAAUAAAAUCCUCCACAAUGACCCAGAGGUGGAGAAGAGGCAGGGUUGGACCUCAGUAGGUGACCUGGAGGGCUGUGUACACUAUAAAGUGGUGCGUUACGAGAAGAUAAAAUUCUUAGUGAUUGCUUUGAAGAACGCUGUGGAGGUGUACGCCUGGGCCCCAAAACCCUACCACAAAUUCAUGGCCUUCAAGUCCUUCAGGUCUCUGCCUCAAAGACCACUGUCUGUUGACCUGACAGUGGAGGAAGGUCAAAGGUUGAAAGUCAUCUACGGCUCCUUGUCUGGUUUCCACGCCAUCGAUGUGGACUCUGGAACACCAUAUGACCUCUAUCUACCUACACAUAUCCAAGGUUCCAUCCGUCCCCAUGCCAUCAUCAUUUUGCCAAACAGCGCUGGAACAGAGGUUCUGGUUUGCUACGAAGAUGAGGGCGUCUACAUCGACACCUACGGCCGCAUCACCAAGGAUACAGUGCUGCAGUGGGGGGAGAUGCCUGCAUCAGUCGCCUACCUUCAGUCUAACCAGGUGAUGGGUUGGGGAGAAAAGGCCAUUGAACUGAGGUCUGCCAACACAGGAAACCUGGAGGGAGUUUUCAUGCACAAAAAGGCCCAGAAACUCAAGUUUCUUUGUGAAAGGAAUGACAAGGUGUUUUUCGCCUCAGUGCAGUCAGGAGGCAGCAGUCAGAUUUAUUUCAUGACUCUUGGACAGAACUCACUGUUCAGCUGGUAAUGACUGGACCUGUGAACUCUGGGAUCAACUGGUGAUGUCUGCCUUCAUUAUUCUGGGUUCACCUGGUAAUGCCUUUUUAUAUUUGUGCUGACUGAUGUUGAUCUCUGUGGGCAGUGGACGCCAUGCAAGGGUCAGCUCCCGGAUCCAUUGCUCUUGUCUAGUUUCCACGUAAAUGCACAUGGAUCCACAGUUGAGUUGAUCAUGACUCCGGCUGCAGCAAACAUGCUUGAAUCCAUCACUCCACCCUUGACUACUUAAGCCUGGAACACUGCUCCUUCAGCUCCAGCAGCACCCAAAUCUGGACCUAAUAUUCAGCGAAAAAGAGUAAAUGUUCACUGCCACCUCACCUGUCCAUGAAAGAGUUAAGAGGUACACCUAGCAGCAUCAAUUUUCACACGCCUGAUCUCCAUAGUUACCUGGAGCUGUCUUUCCCAGGCUGCAAACUGUCACUGCACCAUUUUGGGUUCUGUUUUUAUCAAAAUCCACCUGGAAACAAAACUCAGCUGAUUGUGUGUUGAUUCCUAAUGAACACCAGAUCACAGGUCGACAUCUGGCCUCAAGAUUCCUCUACUCAUCUGUCAGCACUGGAGAACACAGCAAUCCGUUCAGCUCCACAUUCAGCUCAUCUGUCCUGGAUUAGUUAACCUUUUUUUGUAUCAGUUACUCAGCUAAUUACGUGUAUACCAGUUAUUCACUCAUAUCUGCUUGCCUGGCUGUGGCAUAUUAUUGGAUCAACUGCUUCCUUUUCCUUUAGAGAAGAGUAAUAUUUGCCUCUGUAGUGUUUUAACUGUAGUCUCAUCUGUCUUCAUGCAAGCAGCAACUGUGUGAAAACUAGAAGAACAAAAGUUGUUCAUCAACCUCAUUCAAUCAUCAUCUGGGCAUUUCAAUGACUGGGUUGGGGCCAAAAUGUGGACUGAGUAGGACAGCCACUGCAUGUCAUUCCAUAUUUUGUUGCUAUUGCUUGAAAGAUGAUUUUUCUUUUUUUGUCCAACGUGACAGUUUUUUCUGGGUGACAGUGAGACAAUAUAACACCCUAUUACCAUCAGUUAUGUUUAACUGUAUCUUUACCUGUAAUUAUAUUGUCCAUGCAAACCUUAUAAUAAGGCCAAAUGUCAGGAUUGAGAUAUAUAACACCAUUGUGAAGACGUAGUUCUCUUUAAACUGUUUAUCAGGUCAUUCUGUUCUUAAUUAUGAGCAGUAAGUCCACUUCUUUCUCUGCUUAGCUCAAAAUCAGAAGCCAAUUAGGCAAAAAAAGAAUCACUUGGAAUCGCUUGGGACCAGUCCUCGUAGACCGCAGUUUGAGCAUUUUAUUUCAGUCUUAUUACUAUAUAAUAAGGACCUCAAGAGCCUUUUACUUUACUGUAGGAGCCACAGUUCUGAUGUACAGGUGCACACAAGUAGAGAUACAAAACAGCUCCACUUUAGCAGGCAAUGGAUGCUUUCCUGUUCUCUUGCAUCUGUUUUGUACAGCUUAGGAUGUAUAUAAUCUUGUAAGAAGCACUGUUUUCUAAAUAUUGUAUAAUUGACAAGCCAUCUUUAUGUAUGUGUACAGACUUAUAGGCUCAUGAAUGUGAAAUUCUAUCCCAAAACAGAGUUUACAUUUUAUUUCAAUGAUUUUGGAAAGUUUGUGAAUAAUGGACAUGAGCUACUGACAGUGAACUUGAAGGCUCAUGUUGUUUAUGUGUUCACAAUCAGAUAAUGUAUCAUGUGAAUUCUGUUUUGUGGUUGAUUUCCUCUUAACGUGUAUAGGUCAGGCUCUUUGCACAACAGCCGCCUUGUACACGUUUUCUGUAAUAUAUCAUACUUUGAAAUUAUUUUUAUGUUUCAAAGUGGGAAACAUUUAAAGCCAUUCUGCAGUCAGUAUUGUAGAGAUUACUGCUAGCCUUUGGUUUUAGAUCUGUUUCUUACACUACCCAACAUGGGAUGCACACUUGUUUUUGAUGGGUCACCUUGAGAAAUAAUCUUUUGUUGACCAUGGAUCUGAAGAGAUGCAAUUAACUGGGCUGAAAAAGUGAGAAUGCCCUGUUGUAUAAUAUGUAGGUUUUUUUCUUUAUAUGUUUUGUCAUUUACACAAUGAGCUUCAAAGCAAGAAACCAAAGAUCAAAACUUUGAUAUCUUGGCUUCUUGAAUCUAACUGUGUGAGAUAUUUCACAAAUCAUAACUGACCAUUUGAUUUUAUAUCUGAAUGAUGUUGGAAAGAUAAAGACUUGACAAAAACCAUCUGUAUUUCCAAAACUCACAUAGUUUGCUGCCAACCAACACAUCAGUCUGCAAAAUCUCCUAGGACUGAUGUGUCUUGCUAAUUUGCAACAAAAUAUUAUGCAAGUUAAUAUUGCUAGCGUUCUUAUAUUUAAUAGCCUACAUGUAUGAUUUAGGCCUUGCUAGGUUUGGUAAAAGUGAAGAAAUUAUUGGGUUUUACCUUCAAAUGUGAAUUUGCAAUUAGUUAUAUUUCUGAUUCAUUUCCAUUAUACCGACCUUUAUUUUCCUUCAUCAGAUUUAGCUUAAACAGCUAACUUAGUUACUUUUGUGUUAUAUUAUUCUCUAUAUUGUAUUUACUCUUGACUUUUGUGGCUAUCAAAAAGUGCACCAAAAGUAUUAUAUGCAGUGAUACUUUGAGUUUUUAUUAUGGUCAUAAUAGGAAUAUUGCAGCUGGAUCUGUGAGAAUAAUUUAAACUGGAAGAUGAACUUUCUGAUAAUGAGUGUCUUAUUGCUAAGUUGCUAACAAAAUACCAGACUAGAUAGCUAUUAACAGGGCUACAAUGCAUGGAAAUACAGGAAUGUAACUUAAUGCUGACAGGCUAACAGACACAGAAUAACUUGCUAACAUGGGCUAAAUAUUUCAGAACUAUGCAAGCUAACUAGCUUGAAAUAAAUAUAAUAAAUAAAUAAUAGAAUUUCUAGUUAACAUGUGGCUAAUAGUAAAUCUUGGCUAGCAAGCUGACAGUUGCUUAGCUGUGCAAAGUUCCCACACAGGAUACACAUUAUGACUAUUUUUCACAUACUUUUGUACCCUGUUUUGACCCAAAAUUGGCACCUACACAAUAAAUAUUUUUCUAAUUGACUCUUAGCAAAAUACAUUUUGAGUGAGUGUCAUGUGAGACAUAGUUGUUUUGACAUAAAUGCAUUUUGACGUACUGUAUAUGAGAAUUUUCUGUCUGGAACAGGACAUGUCAUAUGUAGAAUCAGGCACUGUGCUAGUUUGUUGUCAGAUUUGGUCAGGUCUGGUCAGUUGCCAGGAUCCUGAGCAAGAUCCCUGGCUGUUACAGUCCACAUAGGACAAAGACCAGACCACCGUUUGUCCUGAACUACCACAGUGGUUCCAUCAUCUGUCCAGUGUAUAGGAAAUAGCCUAUAUUUUCUACACUCUUCCUUUCACCGCAAUCUGGCCACCAACAGUACACUAAAGAAGCGUUUCUUUCUUUUUUUAUUUUUUUCCCAUUAAUCAGCUUUUGGAUAGGUCAGUUUGAUUUUACUCUUCAGAAUUUUUUAUGAAUGUCAAUUACAAUUUGGUUUCAAACUCCUAUUAUUUAAAUCAAUAAAGUAUGAUUUGUAUUUGUAUGAAUACCAUUCACAUCAUUUUAUGCAGUUAAAUUACAAUGACAGAUUUUAGAAUGUGUUGGACUUUAACCUAUUCCUCAGUUUAGUCUUGUUAUAACAAUUACAGGGUGCCAUUCUUACACUGUCAAGUUUGGGGUGGGUUGUUUGGACUGUUAAGAAAACUGCUCCACAGAAAAUUCAAUAUUUGUUUAAAAAAAAAAAAAAAUCUGUAUCAUUCUUCACCCUGCUUCAAGAAACAGCACAGAAAUCAGUUCUUCUAAAAACCAACCAGAGCCACUGUCACACCUAAUGAUGUGUGUUUAUCUGGGUUAAUCUACUGAGGAUAUUUUUAUGGUUUAUUAGAUACAAACUUCUCUGUCUUUCUCCUACACUUCGUCUCCAUGUGCUGAACAUUUGACUGUAGCUCUAUCGCUAAUGAGAGAGAGAGAUCAGCGCACUUCCUCCCACACCUUCCACUGGUUAAGAUGAUGAUAGAUUCUGUUUCAGGCUCGCUGUGACUCACUUCUCCAACUCUCCCACCAACUCUUUUUCUCUCACUUUGUCAACACAUCUCUCCUAUCUGCUCAGCUCUCUCCUCCACCUAUCUGCAUCUUUCUCUUGCCAUUCUCCAGCACUUUGCUCUCACAUCUUAUUCUCUCUAUAGCUUUCUAUUGUCCCUCUUUCUCUUGUGUCAAGUCUCUCCAUCCACCCCAGCCUAGCUGAAGAACCCUUAAGCCUAUUCAGGAAAUUUUUGAUAGUGUUGGUAGGGAGGGAGAUAUAUAUUUAUUUCAUUUCUGUUUAGUUUCAUCAUUAGAUACGUGAGAGUUAAGAUGCAUGAGGCAGAGAGACUAUACUUUCAAUAAUGCACCCAUAUGAUAUAGAAUGUUCAACAGCAAAGGUUAACUUUAUUGAUAGAUCUUGUGCCAUGUUUCUGUUAAAUUUCCUUAUACUCUUUCCUUUGAAUCUAUCUGUAUUCCUUCAAAGAGUAUCAAGAAAAUCACAGAAUUGUUUGUUGAAGUGGGAUGAAUCAUGAUGCAGAAAAUGAAAAACAGAGCCGCUCAAAGCACAUAGCUGUUUGUUAUGUACCCUCAAAGCAAGACUAUGUAACUUGUAGCAGUUACAGGAUAAUGUUAGUUAAUGCAGCAUAACAGUAGCACAGGUAGAAAAGUGUCACAAAGUGAACUGACUCAGUAAUGUCACGUAUGCAGUAAUAUCUUUGUAAAGUUAGCUAGCAUUAGCCAACAUAAGCUACUGGUCACACCAGACCAAGUAAGGCUGUAGAGACAAGUGUAUUGAAUUAAUGAAGGGUGUAUUUCAUCACUUAUUAAUUAUACCUCUAAUUUGUAAGAGUAAGAGUAUGUGAUUUCUUCUUUCACAAGUUACAUAGUUUUGCUUGAAGUGCCACAACUGUUAUUUUUCAGCCUGUGCAUGAGCAGGAAUCUGGGCGAGCCAUGCAGUUCUAAAGAACGUGUGUGUUUGUGUGGGAGGGUGCGAUGUAGAUCGAGAACAGGUGUUCAGUAAACCGGAAUACUGUCUGCAAGGGAAGGAAGGAUGGAGUCAGAGGAGGUAGCAGGAGGCAUGAGUCAGGUGUCAGUUAAUAGAAGGAACAUGGAUGUUGUUUUAAAACCCAAACACACAUGUUAAAAACUUUAAAGAGGCUCUGACCUUAAACCUCUUUAACACACUAAUAGAGUCAGUGAUGGAGCCAGCAUUUCAGCAGAGGGCACCAGACUGCAUAUGUGAAUUGAGAAUUUGUAGGUAUUGAUGGUUAUAAUGAGGAGAGGGAGGAGGAGCAUGUGAGGAUGUUAAAGACAGCGACAGUUAUCAUGAUGAAUAGCCCUUUUAGGUUUGGAUGUAUAUGUUUACACUAUCUGCCAAAUGAAUCCUCCUGCUUGAUAGAACCAAUUGUAAAGCACCAACAGGCUGAUAGUGAUCUUUAAUAGACUAAUUAAUUGUCUGUUCCAAAAGUUCAGAUUUACCCAACAAUUUACAACUACUGUCAAUAUUUUAAAGUUAUUUUUGAUGUAGACACACAGGACAACUGUACUGAAAAUUUAAAGAAGUUGAGAUUAUAAAAGACCAAAUGUUAUAUUCAAGAAUAAAUAUUUUCCUUUUCAUUUCUGUACCGUUAUAAAGAUGAUUCUUUUGUUACUUGUUUGCACUGGACCUAUGAUUGAUGCAUCAUAUACUGUACCCCUCCUGCUUUGACACACUAACUUGUGUUUCCAUGUAAAGGCGCAAAAGACAGUGAGAUGACAAUAAAUCUGUUGCAUUUA